AUGUUAGGUCUUAGAGUGGCCGCAGCAGGUCCUGCAGGUAGCAGGAGUAUGGAGACCAUGGGCCUUCAUAGCACCUCCCAAGCCCUGUACAUGGUCCUUUUAAUAGUGCUGGUCGUGAGGAGCUUGGUGUUUGGUAAUUUUGAUCCUGUCAAUCCGGAAGCCCCUCAUCCAGCUCAGUUCUCCAAAUAUCUGCGCUGCUAUCGAUGCCUCUUGGAGACCAAGGAGUUGGGAUGCCUUCUGGGAUUUGACAUCUGCCUUGCCCCUCCUGGCAGCAGCUGCAUGACUCUGCUCAUAAAGAACAGCAGUGGUUCUGACAUCAUGGUGAGUGACUGCCGCCACAAGGAGCAGAUGUGUGAUUGUUCGUAUACCCGCUCUUCUCCAGUGUUUGGCUUCUGGAUAUUUUCUCGAUGCUGCUUCCUGGAGUUCUGCAAUAACCCUCAGAACAGAGUGUUCUAUAUUCCUUAGAACUUCCGCAGAGACUUUUAGAAUAAAAUACUGCUAGUUGCCAUCCAUCUUCCUGAUUUCCAUCUGGGUGGCAGAGCCAGAACAACUUCUAGUCCCUUUUACCGGCCCUAUUGGCCUCCUAGUUGACACCCAACACCCCUCUUCCCACUCAGCCCCUCCCCCGGGUCCCCUCUCCAGAAUUCUCUGAGUUUUCCCUUCAAGUCCUCCCGGUUUGAUGGCUUUACUCUUCUCUCCUCCCAUCUCUCAGCUGCUUCUUGGCCUUGCU